AUGGGUAGAGCUCCAUGUUGUGACAAGGCUAAUGUGAAGAAAGGACCUUGGUCUCCUGAAGAAGAUGCUACUCUCAAAUCCUACAUUGAAACAAAUGGAACUGGUGGAAAUUGGAUUGCUCUUCCUCAAAAAAUUGGGCUCAAGAGAUGCGGAAAGAGUUGUAGACUUAGGUGGUUAAAUUACUUGAGACCUAAUAUAAAACAUGGUGGAUUUACUGAAGAAGAAGACAACAUUAUUUGCAGCCUUUAUAUUAGCAUUGGAAGCAGGUGGUCCAUUAUUGCUGCUCAGUUACCUGGAAGAACUGAUAAUGAUAUAAAAAACUAUUGGAACACAAGAUUGAAGAAGAAAUUACUCGGGAAGCGGAAACAAUCGACGAAUAAUAACAACAACUUGAUGAUGAACCAGAAGGAAACAGAUGAGAAUUCUUAUUCAAAUUCAUUGAGUAGUUCAGCUCUUGAAAGACUUCAACUUCAUAUGCAACUUCAAACCCUUCAAAACCCUUUCUCUUUUUACAAUAAUAACCUUUCUGUUUGGCCAAAGUUGCAUCCUUCUCAAGAAAAAAUGAUCCAAAUUAGUCUUCAAAACUCGAAUAACAACACUAUGAUGCAAUUGCAAAGUGCUUUCCCUUCACCACCGGUUGAAUGUUUGGAGAAUAUUAAUAUUCCUUUGGAGAAUAUUAACAAUUCGGUUCCCUUCAACGCUUCUGAAAAUAAUGAUAAUAAUAAGAAUCAUUAUGGUUCGAUGGAUUCGAGUGUUGCACCGAUGAGAGGACAAGGUAUUGAGAAGAGUAGUAAUGAAGGAAUUCAGCAACUGGAAAAUGAGCUAGAUGAGAUUCUCAACAACAGAAAUAUUAUUACUACUACUAUGGAAGAUGAAUUUGAUUGUUUCAAAGAUAUGAAUAACAAUGGUUCAAAGGAUCAAAGCUUGAUAUGGUGGUCAAAUGAAUCAGGUGAUACUAAAUCAGGAUCGUCGAACUCGUGGGAUUCGUCGACGAAUCUUAUCCAAGAAGGGAUGUUCCAAGAUUAUGAACUAGGUUAUGGUCUGUAA